AUGCUGAGGAACUUGUUACUUGCACUGUGUCUAGUUGGCCCUUUGGGUGCCUUUUCUAGAAACAGUGACUUUUCAACCUUUAUCAAAGGAGACUGGCAGCAAUUGCAAGAUAAUAUGCUAGACCAACUGGCAACCAACGCCAUCGGGGACUCUGCCCCUGACAAAGACGAUAAAUGUCCGCCAUGCUUCAACUGUAAUCUCCCGAAUUUUGAGUGCAAACAGUUCUCCAAAUGCAAUCCGUUCUCAGGAAGGUGUGAGUGUCUGGAUGGAUUUGGUGGUGACGACUGUUCUGUUCCCCUUUGCGGAGCUCUGCCGGACGGAUCGAACCGUCCUAAAAGAGAGGUCAAUGAGACAUGUCAUUGUGAAGAAGGGUGGGGAGGUAUCAAUUGUAAUUUGUGCCAGAUAGAUUCGGUUUGUGAUGCCUUCGUUCCAGGAGGACUUAAAGGCACGUGCUAUCAUUCGGGUAUCCUUGUCAAUCGGAAUUUCCAGAUGUGUGAUGUUACCAAUUCCAAGAUCUUGGAGGUACUCAACGGAAAAAAGCCCCAGGUGACGUUCAGUUGCAACAAGACGGCGGAAAAAUGCAACUUUCAGUUCUGGAUUGCUGAAGAAGAGAGUUUCUACUGUGAUUUGUCCAAAUGCAAAUUCAACUAUGACCUCGGCGCAAAUACAACACAUUACAACUGCGAGGAUGUCGCCUGUAAAUGCCUCCCUGGAAAAAUGCUCUGUGGCCAAGCAGGAUCGAUCGAUAUCUCGGAUUUCCUUACGGAAACCAUUGCUGGCCCUGCGGACUUCUCCUGUGACGUUGCGCACAAAGACUGCAAGUUCUCAGAGCCUAGCAUGAACGAUCUAAUUACCAAUGUCUUUGGAGAUCCGUAUAUCACGCUCCAUUGCGAGUCCGGUGAGUGUCUACACGAAAGCGAGAUCCCAGGUUCUGAUCAGCCUGGAAAACCCAAAUUUGGCGUGAUUGAUGUUUUGAGAAUUAUUGGAACCAUUGUGGGCUGCGCAGCUAUCAUUGGACUAGGUUUCUAUGGGAUCAAACGAUCGCCGCUAUUUAUGGACGAAGGUACCGUCCAGCUUCCUCCGGAUGACAAUCCAGAUCUUCAAGACUCUCUGCUCGAUGAUUACAAGCCUGCCAUAUUUUCUUUUGAAAACGUUAGCUACACAGUGGCAGGAAAAAAGGUGUUGAACAAUGCUUUUGGGCUCGUUGAGCCUGGAGAAUGUAUGGCCAUCAUGGGAGGAUCGGGCGCUGGAAAGACCACGUUAUUAGACAUCAUUGCUGGUAAAAACAAGGGAGGAGAAGCUUCAGGUACUUUUUAUGUCAAUGGCGAGCGCAUUACCACCAAACAAGAUCUUAUGCAUUUCCAAAAAUCUGUUGGAUUUGUCAACCAGGAAGACUUUCUCAUCCCGACUUUAUCUGUCUAUGAGACUGUUUUGAACAGUGCUCUUCUGCGUUUGCCGAAAAACAUGUCGAUGGCCACCAAAAAAGCAAAAGUUAACCAGAUUCUCGCUGAACUGCGUAUUCUUCACAUUAAAGAUAAGCUUAUCGGCUCGGAUUUUGAACGUGGUAUUUCUGGUGGAGAAAAGAGAAGAGUGGCCAUUGCGUGUGAACUGGUGACGUCUCCAUCAAUUUUGUUUUUAGACGAGCCCACGUCAGGGCUUGAUGGAUACAAUGCGUUUAACGUGGUUGAAUGCUUGGUCAGACUGGCCAAGGACUACAACAGAACAGUGAUUUUCACAAUUCAUCAGCCAAGAAGCAACAUUGUGGCUCUUUUCGAUAAGCUCAUGCUGUUGUCUGAGGGACAGCUAGUGUAUUCUGGCCUUAUGAGUGACUGCAGCAACUUUUUCGCCGGCAACGGGUACGUUUGUCCUGCUGGCUACAACAUUGCAGAUUACCUUAUCGAUAUCACCUCUGGGGGUAGCCCUAUCGCUAUGCUUUCACCCGUUGAUGGCGAAAACCAUGAGCAUGAUAUACACACCUUGCUUCCUGCCAACGACGUGGAUGACCCUACUGGUGAAUGGCAGCAUUACGCUUCGCAUCGCGACGAGUUUGGCAAUAGAGUUAAAAGUGCAGGCGCAACGUCCAAAGCCUCAAGUGCGGCUGUUGCUUCUAUUUUCGAGCAAUCGUUGAAUGCCGAGAGAUUGCACUUGGAUAUCAAAGAGCUUGCGGAAAAGUUCAACAACGCGCAGCAAGAUAAUAAUUCUGCAGGCUCGUUUUUCAAGUCCCAAGGGGGCAAGACCAGAGCCGGUUUCUGGACACAACUUACUAUUCUGUGCUCCAGAACGUUCAAAAACUCCUACAGAAACCCAAAGCUCUUGAUGUCGCACUAUGCUCUGGCUCUUAUCAUGGGACUCUUUUGCUCUUAUCUCUACUACGAUGUUGAAAACAAUAUCAGCGGCUUCCAGAACAGACUUGGACUCUUUUUCUUCCUGCUGACUCUGUUUGGCUUUUCAACGCUUACAGGGCUACAUUCGUUUUCUGUGGAGCGGCUGGUGUUUGUGAGAGAGCGCUCAAACAAUUAUUAUCAUCCACUUAGCUAUUAUGUGAGCAAAUUAUUAUGUGACGUGAUCCCGCUCAGACUAUUCCCUCCUGUUAUCCUGAUGGCCAUCAUAUAUCCUCUAGUGGGCCUAAACAUGGAAGGAAACAAGUUUUGGCUCUCAAUGCUGAUUCUCGUCCUCUUCAACUUGGCCGCAUCGCUCGAGAUCCUAAUUAUUGGAAUCCUCGUCAAAGAGCCAGGUUCUGCUACCAUGGUGGGUGUUCUUGUUCUGCUCUUCUCACUGCUUUUUGCGGGACUGUUUAUCAAUAAGGACACAAUUCCGGUGCAGAUAUCGUGGUUUGAAAAUAUUUCUGUGUUCCAUUAUGGCUACGAGGCUUUGGCGGUCAAUGAGGUGAACGGGUUGGUGCUGAAGGAGAAGAAAUACGGGCUGGACAUCAAUGUUCCCGGUGCUGUAAUUUUGAGCACAUUUGGAUUCGAUGUCGGGGCUGUCGGAUUCGAUAUCUGCUGGCUGGCCGGAAUGUUUGGGGCAUUUGUUGUUCUAGGAUAUCUUGGAUUGCAUUAUUUUGUCUAUGAGACGAGAUGA